AUCGUUUUUUUAGAUAUAAAAAACACAAUUUAGGCUGACCGCUUAUAAUUGCAAUGACUUGUUUAAACGACACAUUAAAGUUUUUAACCAGCGAUAAAGCCUCCGGAACGCCGCGGAGCGGUACUGCGCAUAAACGGAACACCACGGGGCCGUACUGCGCAUAACCGGACCCGAACAGGGUAGUGUGGCGGAAUAGUUGAAACACGCGCCGACGAGCUCCACCAUGCUGUCUAGCAGCUCCGUCCGCGUACGGCUCCACUUCGACUACCCGCCCCCCGGGGAGGAGCGCCGCCGGGUCUGGCUGCUCGUGGACGUGGACCAGUGCCGCGUGGUGGCGGACCUGGAGCACGUGAUCCGGGAGCGCUUCUCCCUCAGCUCGAGGAGCGUGCUUAACCUCUUCAUCGAUGGCUGCUACCUGCCGCCAACCGAGAGCAUCCGUGUGGUGCGCGACAACGACCUCGUCAGCGUUCAGGUGGACGGGCGUUCUGCUGAUCCAGAGGAGGUUCGAUCCAGUAAGAGGAGUCGGCGACACUCGGAGGUUGAACCUGAAGUAACGGACGUCGUUACGGAGCGGAAGAAGAAGAAGAGAAGGAAGAAGACAGAAGGUCGGGAGGAGGAGAGCCAGCCCUGCCCCCCCGAGGAGGAGGAGGAGAAACGCAUGAAGAAGAAGAAGAAGAGGAAGGAGAAGACAGCAGGGGGUCGGGAGGACGAGAGCGAGCCUUACCGAGAGGAGGAGAAGGAGGAGGAGGAGGGCGCACACAAGAAACACCUGAAGAAGAAGAAGAAGAAGAAACAGACCCCCACGUCCUCCAUCAUCCCGCUGACCCCAAGUGAGCAGCAGGUCAACAAGAUCCCCAAACCAGUAGUCCUUAAUGGUCCCAAACCAGUCCUCAAUGGUCCCAAACCAGUCCUCAAUGGUCCCAAACCAGUCCUUAAUGGUGGAGCAGAAGAGGUUUCCUCCUCAGCCUCCAGUGACAGUGAAGUGGGGGCCCCUGCUCCCUGUGUAACCUCCAAAGGGCAGAAGAAGACCCCCAUAAAGACCCCAGCGCCCCCCCGGGCCCCAGCGCCCCCCCGGGGGGCCCUGAAGGCCCCGCCAGCCUCGGGGAAACGCUCCCAGCCUCCUUCCUCUUCGUCCUCGUCAGACUCUUCCUCUGAGGAUACUCGAGCCCGGUCGACCGCCCCCCCCCCGGGCGGCCCCCGUACCCCCCUGACCCCUCAGACCGCCCCCCCCCCGGGCGGCCCCCGUGCCCCCCUGACCCCUCAGACCGCCUCAAGGCCGGCUCUGGGGGGGGCCCCGGGGCCCUCAGACUCUAGCAGCGAGGAGGAGAUCAAGCUGGUUUGUGUAUCUGCUACUCAUACACACACACACCAGUGUGUGGGUUUGUGUAUCUGCUACUCAUACACAUACCACUGUGUAGGUUUGUGUAUCUGCUACUCAUACACACACCAAUGUGUGGGUUUGUGUACCUGCUACUCAUACACAUACCACUGUGUAGGUUUGUGUAUCUGCUACUCAUACACACACCAGGGUGGUGUAUGUGUCGCUGCCAUCAGCUUUAGUUGUGUGUUGUCUCCUCUCUGGGUGCAGAGUGCCGCCGACCCCCGACCCAGGAAGGACUACAGCAGCCUGCCUCUGCUCGCCGCUCCCCCCGGCGCCGGGCAGAGGAUCGUCUUUAAGCUGCUGGAGCUGACGGAGAACUACACCCCUGAGGUCUCGGAGUAUAAAGAGGGGAAAAUUCUCCAUUUUGACCACGCCACCAAGCAGGUGGAAAUGGAGCUGCUGGGCUCAUGGCAAGCCCCUGCAGAACCCGGUAAGUUCGACCUGGUCUACCAGAACGCAGACGGCUCGGAGAGCGUGGAGUACGCCGUGUCCCGGAGCGGCUCCCGGGUGACGGAGCGCUGGGACUCGCUACUCGAACCCCGGCUGCUGCUCUAGAACGCUGCCAUGCUGCUCUAGAUCAUCCUCCUAGAUCGGCCUCUACUGCUUCUCUAGAUCGGCUGCUGCUCCUCUAGAUCGGCUGCUGCUCCUCUAGAUCGGCUGCUGCUCCUCUAGAUCGGCUGCUGCUCCUCUAGAUCGGCUGCUGCUCCUCUAGAUCGGCCCCUGCUGCUCCUCUAGAUCGGCUGCUGCUCCUCUAGAUCGGCUGCUGCUCCUCUAGAUCGGCCCCUGCUGCUCCUCUAGAUCGGCUGCUGCUCCUCUAGAUCGGCUGCUGCUCCUCUAGAUCGGCUGCUGCUCCUCUAGAUCGGCUGCUGCUCCUCUAGAUCGGCUGCUGCUCCUCUAGAUCGGCUGCUGCUCCUCUAGAUCGGCCCCUGCUGCUGCUCUAGAUCGGCUGCUGCUCCUCUAGAUCGGCUGCUGCUCCUCUAGAUGCUCUAGAUCUGCUGCUUUGGUUUUGCUCUCCAGUUUCUGUAAUGUUGUUCCCAUGUCGACCAUAUGUUCAGAUGGUAAAAGGUGUUUGGACUCUUAUGAGCAUAUUUUAGUACAAACUACUAAGGUUAUGGCUGUUUUUAAGGAUUUAGAUACAAUUGUAAUUG